AUGGCGGAUGCAGCGGAUUUGAUUCGGCUCGGCGUCUGGUACAGCUCGGCGGGAAGAAGCGGGUUGCUCUCAACGUUUCUGAUGGUUGUUGUGGAUGCCGAAGCGCCACCAUCAGCUAUCGGCAAGUACAAGACUGUCUGCAAGAUCGGAAACGGGCUGGACGCUGUUACCCAGACGAUGAUUUCCACCAAACUUUUGCGUGCGAUGGAGCCCGUGAAGAAUCGGAAAUGCCCACCGUGGCUCAGUUGCCGUGCAUCCUACCUACCGGACAUGCUGAUGCGGGAUCCAAGUGAGGCUGACGUGAUGGAGAUUAUCGGGGCAGAGAUCUCCGUCAGCCAAAUCCACACAGCUGGCAUCUUUCUUCGUUUUCCACGAAUUUGGUGUCUACAACCAGACAAGUGCAGUGCGGCGGUGAGCACACUGCAGGAAUUGCAUCACCUGCUAUCAGUUUCUGGGAAUAAGGUCGCGCAGUCAUUCCAGGGGGAAGAUCCUACCUGUGGUGAAUGGAAAUACUUCAACUGA